AUGGGAAUCAUCCGUAGAUUUGACCCGAAUCAAGCCUACAUCGGACUAAAUGGGAUCAGAAUUCAUGUGAACAGGCCAAAGCUACCAGAACUCUUGAAGCUACUUGUGAAGCUGAAAUUGAGACCCCAUCCUAUGUUGCAUGAAGAAAAGUAUUUUGGAAAAGAACAGACUUCAGCGAUGGCCUCUUCAAGUGAUCGCGGUGGAAAACGUCUUAAUGCCUGUGGGAACGACAAAUCCAAAAAGGAGCCCAUCCACCCUUCAGAAGAAUAG